GCGCCAUUUUGAUACAAUCAGAAAAAUUGUAAGCGCUUGUCGCCCGGCUAUUUGGAAGCAUUUGUUAAAGCGUUGAGCAUUGUUUUAGUAUUAAACUUUUAGAUAUUUGUAUCAGAAAUGGGUAAAAAGGACAAAAAAGGCGAAACAACGGAUCCAUCCAGCGAAGAAGAAUACGUCGUGGAAAAAGUACUCGACAAAAAAAUAGUCAAAGGAAAGAUCCAAUAUCUGCUAAAGUGGAAGGGGUACAGAGAGGAUGAGAGUACUUGGGAGCCUGUUGAAAAUCUUGACUGUGAAGAGUUGAUCAAAACAUUUGAAGAAAGUAGAAAGGAAAAAGAGAAAUCCAAAAAGACGGAAGAACGUGGUAAGAAACGUGUGCGAGAGUCUAGCGUGGAGACAAGUGCGUCAGGCCGCAAAGGCCGAGGCACCAGUGUCUCCUCUGUUGAGGAACCUAAAGAGAACAAGCGGGAGAAAGAGGAAAAAUCUGGCUUCGAAAAAGGUUUUAAAGCUGAGAAAAUUAUUGGUGCGUCAGAUGCUACGGGUGAACUAAUGUUCCUAAUAAAAUGGAUGGACUCAGAUGAAGCAGAGCUGGUCCCCGCCAAAGUGGCCAACAUCAAAUGUCCACAACAAGUAAUUGCAUUCUAUGAAGAGAGGUUGACAUGGCACACUCCGGCCGAGUCUGAUUGAUAGAGCAAGUUCAAAAGUGCAUUUGAUUCAGACAUUAUAAGAAAAAUUUACUAAAUUUAUUGUUUUAUGGUUAUAAGGGCCCUUAUUAUAGUUGGUACUGUUCGGUGUGAAUGUGUUUGUGUAUUUUUUAGUUUCCGAUGAACUUUCAAGUCUGCAAAUAUGUGAAUAAAACCUACAAUAAAAGUCAAGCCAUACAAGUGAUGAGUACUUUUUAGUUUAGAGUUAACCUCAGUAAUAAUGUUUGAAAAUUUUUUUUUUUUUCAAAAUAAUGAAGAUUUUUUUUUUUGGAAUGUAAUGAUUUUUUUUGAAACUUAAUUUUUUAUUUAGAAAUUUGAAUGUUAGUCUAUGGAUAUGAUCAAUGUUAUAAUUAUAAUAAGCACGAUAUAGAUUUAAAUAAAUUCUUUUUAGCCACCUUAAAAAUUUCAAUAACAAAAUUUAAUGUUUUUGUAAAAAAGUUCUGGCAUUUUCAUGGAUAAUUUAUGAAAUUACAAAUUUUUUUUCCUCAACACAAUUCCACAUAUACAAUGUUUUAGAACCAUGUCUGUUCUACGAAUUUGAUAAAUACUCAUUUUGUUUUAUAAAUUCGAGAUUCUUCACAUCUAAAUAAUAAGUAAUAAAAAGUUUGCUCAAGAAUAAUAAAUAGUUUUGCAUGUAAUAAGAGAUCAUAAUCCAACAAUUUUUUCAUUGUUGAUUCGUAGAACAUUGUCAGUUGUGUGGUAAAAAAAUGAAACCUUUGUAAAUGACCAUUGUCUGAAUAUUUCUUAGCAAAAGAGAAUAUAUAUAUAUAUAUAUUUAGAAGUACGUAACUUGUACACAGUACGUCUGUGUAGUUAUAUGUAACACGCAAGUGAUCUUUAUAAU